GGAGGGGCAGAGGCAGAAGGGCGGUGGACGCGUGCGCACGCAUUGCUUUCGGUCUCUCACCGGUAGUGAUCUUGUCGCAUGUCUUCGUAGCCUCACGUUUACAGUUUAGCUUGGAUCUGCGUCAACUAUCUAUUAUCCGAUUCUCUGGGCGUUUUACGUUCCUAUUUUGUUGAAGAGAAGAGGGAAUGUCUACGGUGAACUGGAAGCCUUUUGUUUUCGGCGGGCUGGCCUCUGUAACGGCGGAAUGCGGUGAGUGAUGAGCUGAGCCUUGAGAGGUCGUGUGAGGUACAUUUCCCAUCGAUCUGGCCAAGACGCGGCUGCAAGUACAAGGCCAAGUCGGGGACAGUAAAUACAAAGAAAUCCGGUACAGAGGCAUGCUCCACGCCAUUGCCCGAAUAGGAAGAGAGGAGGGGCUCAGGGCUCUAUAUUCAGGAAUUUCUCCUGCCAUGCUCCGCCAGGCUUCCUAUGGUACCAUAAAAAUUGGCACAUACCAGAGCUUCAAAAGAUUACUAGUGGAUAGACCUGAGGAUGAAACAUUGCUGACUAAUGUAUUGUGUGGGAUCCUGUCAGGAGUUAUAUCCUCGUCUAUUGCCAACCCCACAGAUGUGCUCAAGAUACGUAUGCAGGCCCAAGGAAGAGUGAUUCAGGGCAGUAUGAUGGGCAACUUUAUCAACAUCUACCAAGAAGAGGGAACAAGAGGACUAUGGAGGGGUGUUUCACUGACAGCGCAGCGGGCGGCCAUUGUGGUAGGGGUUGAACUGCCAGUCUAUGACAUCACUAAGAAACAUCUGAUUUUGUCUGGUUACAUGGGAGACACUGUCUACACCCACUUUGUAUCAAGCUUUGCAUGCGGUUUGGCUGGAGCACUGGCCUCUAACCCAGUGGAUGUGGUACGAACACGAAUGAUGAACCAAAAAGGAGCAGCACUGUAUAAGGGCACUGUGGAUUGUCUGCUACAGACCUGGCGCUCUGAAGGUUUUAUGGCCCUCUACAAGGGUUUUUUUCCCAACUGGCUGCGACUGGGACCCUGGAACAUCAUUUUUUUCCUCACUUAUGAACAGCUCAAGAAGAUCGAUGUGUGAAUUGAAAAGAAACAUGACAAAGUAAAAGAACAAGGCUCUGGGAUGAGCAGAAAGGACCAAGGAAGGACUGAAUCCUGGGUUUCUGAAGCCCACACUGGGGCUGCUAUGGACUGAAAUGUCCUGCUUGAGUUGCACAUAUUUUCGAGCCUGUGGCAAGUGUGAAAAUGACUGUUGUACACCAACUGCAUGCAGCACAGUGCAAUGUGCUAGCUCAUCCUAAAGCUACUUUACACCAGUCACUGAAAUUUGACCUAACUUUUAUAUUUCAGCCUAAAGCUGUGUUAAAAUACCCAUUAAAGUGCAUUUGUUUUCUUUAAAUUAAGUGCCUUAGCAAGUGUUCAAGGCCUCUAGGUCAAAGUCAUAAAGGACUAUUAAUGUUAGAUGGCAGCUGACAAUCGGUGUGAAUCAUUCCCUUUGAAAAAUGUUGAAGCAGUUUAGUAAUAGUGAUGAGGUUUCAAUAUUUUAUAAAUAUUUUUACAAGAGCUGAUUGGAGUAUGGACAAUUAUUUAUAUUGACACUGGUAUGUAGUCAGAGACUACUGAUGUACUGUAAUAGUUCCAAGGCUGAUCGCAUGACUGUGUUGUACGGCUGGUACUUCCUUAUCUAACAGAGCAUCGUGUGCAGAAAUGAAACCUAAGGCAGCUGGGGUGGGUGCAGCCCCCUAGGUCCCCCUGAUAUCUUAUACGCUAAUACUGUUGAGACAUCCUAAUACAAACUGGUGUGUUAUGCAACAGGCUUAUUACGUCAAUACUACUCUGAAGGUUAUGCCAUUGGGCUAAAUAUGUUACUACAAGUGUUGAAGCAUUUUUAUCUCCGGAAGCCACAUAAUAAUACGUGGUUCACUCCAAGUGUAUUUUCAUAUGUAUUUGCACAUGCUAUUGUGAGCUUUCACUAACUACAGUGAACAUGUGUCAGGCUUUAAGCAAACCACAAAUGCUGCCAAAGUUUAAAUGUUGUGUGAAACUUGUGAAUGUUGCUGUAUGCCAUACGUUUAAAAUUAAAGGGAAAAACCUAAA